AUGCUAAGAGAUUAAGUAAAAAUAUCAAACUGGAAAAUUCAAGUACAUCUUUACAAUUUUUCAUCAAAUUUGGCUUUAGAAAUGACUAUAAAUUAAUUAUCAUUGGUUAAAUAUCAAUAAAAAGGGAAAUUGAAAUUGAAAAAUAGUGUUGAUUUCAUACUUUUGAAAGCUAAAGGAUGUAGUUAUUCUUUUACUCACAAAUCCAUCUAAGAGUUUUAAGUUUCAAAAUACAUUUUAAGUUUUUUAAGUUCUCUUAAUACUUAAAAAUUAGACUCAUUAUAUAAUAAAGAUAGAAUGAAUCUAUCAAAAGAUAUUUAUAAAGAAAAAUUAAAAAGUGUAGAAAACAUUAAAAAUAUUCUAAUUUAUAUAGUUUAAUUAUCUUGUGAUAAUUAAUUUAUAAAUGCAUCUUCAAAUAGCAUAUAUUUGUUAAAUUAUUUAAAUAUUUAUCCAGAUUAUUAAAUUUUAGUAAAUUUAAUUAUCAAAUACAAAUUUAUCAGGUUUUAAUUUCUUUUUUACAGACUUAAGUAACUCUAAAUUUUCAAAUAUUAACAUAAAUUCAUGUAAUUUUAAUUAUUCUAAUUUAACAAAUGUCAUUUGGACAAUCAAGAAGUUAAAUUAGUAUAAUAUUAACCUAAUGGUGAAUUAAUAGCAUCUGUAGGAGCUGAUGGUAUUAUAAAACUUUGA